UUUUAGAGGCACCUUAGGACUUUAUACAAAAUGCGCUGCGUUGCAUUCUGGAUUGCUUUAUUGGGGUGCUGUACGUUUGGAACUGAGGCAUUGACUACCUCAACAGUUGAAAUCACCUCCACCACAGUAUCACCUUCGGAUGGCUCCACUGAGGCGAAUACCGCUUCCACCAGUGAAACUUUGAUUACACCAUCGGCGGCACUUAUGUCUGCGGAAACUGAAGCUGCAGGAACUGCCGCUACAGUCGGAUCCACGACUGUUGAAGAGUCCGACGCGACCACAGCGGCCGGCGAAACCACUGCGGAGGGUGCUGUCACGGCUGUUGAUGUGUCCACUGAGGCCGGUCAAACGACGGCCGCCGGCUCAGAUACCACAACUGCCUCUGUCACAGAAGCAAGUCAGGUCAUGUCAACCACUUCUGAAAGCAUCAUGACCUUAGUAUCUCAACCUGAUGACGACGAUGAUGAUGAUGACGAUGAGGACUGAGGUUUCUAACUUCCACGAUGAAGCGUGAUUAGUGAACAUUUUCUAUCGCCUAUUGUAACAGCUAAUUCCAAGAGUAAAUAUAUCAUUGUUAUUAAUCCCAAUAGCUGAAAACCUUUUACAUGUGUAUUGGCUACACUACUCAUAUGCUUGACAACAGUGGGUCAUUUUAUGCACAGCAAGUGAAUUUGUUCCCUUGUUUUGCGUUCGGUAGCCUGGAUGGAUACUGGCGUGUUGAACCCGCUACAAACCAGAGUAGCACUAAAAUUGUCCGACCUCUCGAAUUGCUCGCACCAACCUAAUGCCGUAACCGAGUGUCAUGUUCGUAGAUGCUCA